AGGGGCCGGAGCGGCCGCCAGGUUCCGGCGAUGGCGGUCCGGCUGCUUUCGGUUUCGCUUCGCUCGCCUCAGAAGCGAGGGCAAGGCCGGGCCGGGGCCUGAGCGCGGAUCCUCCGCACGGGAGUUUUACCUUGGUAAAGGCAUACUGGACGAGUAGCAAGUAUUGCCUUCCUUGCAAGGUGCUUUUAGGAUGUCUGAAGACGAUGAAAAAGUUAGGCUCCGUCGAAUUGAACCUGCCAUUCAGAAGUUCAUUAAAGUGGCAAUUCCAACAGAUUUGGAAAGAUUAAGAAAACACCAAAUAAAUAUUGAGAAGUAUCAAAGAUGCAGACUCUGGGACAGACUGCAUGAAGAGCACAUUAAUGCAGGACGAACAGUUCAGCAACUUCGAGCCAAUAUGAGAGAGAUGGAAAAACUUUGCUUGCGAGUCCGACAGGAAGACAUCCCAGCUCUGCAGCGGAUGAUAAAUCCAGUGAAAGAUGAAGCUUCAUCUGCCAUAAAACACUUCCUGCAGCUCCAUUCUGAAUCUGCAGAAGAGCUUAAAAGGCAACUAGAAGGACAGGAAGAUGCCUCCUUAACCAGAUCUGCAACUGUGGGAGGAGAAACUUCAUACAACACAGAAACAAAUGAUGGGUCUCAAAGUUUAAUCCAGAUGUGUUCUCCCCUUCCUGAGAUACCUCAGAAUGAAAAUGCAGCUGAGUCCUGGGAGACGUUAGAAGAGGACUUGAUUCAGCUCAGCCAGUUGGUGACUGACUUUUCUGUGUUAGUCAGUUCUCAGCAGGAGAAGAUUGACAGGAUUGAAGACCACGUCAACAGUGCUGCUGCGAAUACCGAGGAGGGAACCAAAAACCUGGCGAAGGCUGCAAAAUACAAGCUGGCAGCUCUGCCCGUGGCAGGUGCAGUCAUUGGAGGAGUGGUGGGGGGUCCUAUUGGUCUCCUUGCAGGCUUCAAAGUGGCAGGAAUUGCAGCUGCACUUGGUGGUGGGAUUUUGGGUUUCACAGGUGGAAAACUGAUACAAAGAAGAAAACAGAAACAGAUCGAGCUGGUCUCUUGCAGCUGUCCAGAGCUUUCUUGCCAAAGUGCCAAAAAAUCCAGCUGAAGUAUAGACUCAUUAGGAGGAACAGAAGUACAGUAGCUGUGCUAAUGACAGACUUGCAGCCUCCUGCUUUAGAUUUGAGGCUGAGGUGUGAAUUCUGCAGCAGUACAGUUACGUGGGAAGGGUGAAACAGUAAUGUCAGAAUUUUGGAGCUUUCUGUUUUCAGACGUGAUAAGUGACUUCAAUCUUUUAACUCUUAAGAACUAUAGGGUAACUUUUAAUGAUAAAAUUCGUAAAGGAGGUAUGUGAACAGCUGAUGGGUGACAGGUGCUUCAAGCCAAAUUUGCACAAAAUACCUUUCAGAUAAAGAGAUUUAGAAAACUAGUGCUUUCUCAUCAACACCCUCCCCAGAAGCCAGAGCUUGUAUUAUAUUAUUAUAGUAAUUGUUGUAUAUAUAUUAUUCUAAACUCCUGUCCUCCUGAGGCAGGAAAAUAAGCUCCCAUCUAUCCUUUAUGUUCAGGGCACUUUAAAAUCUCCUCUCUGUUAUCUGGAUUCCCAGACUCCUCCUGUGUAUACCACCAGGACACAGGGAAGCACUGUUUUCCAUAGAGUAAGGUUAAAACGCUGGGUGAGUAAUGUGGAAAAACAUACGUAUAUCCAGCAUCUGUCUGCAUCAGCCAGCUCUGAUCAGCAUCUUUUAUUUAUUUUAUUUUGUGUACUCCUCAGUUAUUCAAACCAUAGUUAAGACUUAAAUAGCCUAAGAAGCAGCACUGGGGGAAAGAGUCAUUUUCCAUGGCUCUUCAGCUCCUUGUCUCAAGAACGUUGCUCAGAAUGAAGUGCCAAACUCCAGCACUCUGAGCCAGGAGCCUCAGCUGCCUUUAGGAGUGCUCAUGGCCAGCUGCUGCCCUCGCUUCUCCUGUCCUGGCACCAGCAGUGCCAUAGAGGGAGAGCUUCGCUGGAGGUGUGCUUCCUCCAUGGCCUUUAUUCAAGGGUGGGUAUCUUUUAUACCAAGGGUGGAUGGAGAAGCAGCAAGUCCUGGUGAGAAAUGUGUUCAGUGGGGCAGCACUGAGACUUGUGCUCUGUUCCUCCUGUAUGGCUGCUUCUGGGCCUUUUCAGUGGAGAUUUUGGGGCAUGUUGUUAGGACUUCCUCUAGCUUUUUACAGAAAUAUUCUGCCUUCCUGACUUCAGUGCUUCAGAAGCCAUUUGCUUCUGUAACCUCUGCUGUUGCACACCAGAGUGCUAAUGCUUUUAUUUUUGCAUCGUCUUACUGUUAUGCAUGUAGUCCUACCUCCAUCUUUCGAGAAUGGUUCCCACACUAUUGCUGCUGCUGGUUGGGGGAACAGAAGUUGGAGCUGGGGGGCUGCUGCUUUAAGUUUUACACUGUUCUUCUCCUCCUGAGCUCUGUGGGAUUAGUCCAGUCCGGUUCUAAUAGUCACACACCUUUGCUCUCAGGCUCCCUAGCAGGGAAUGCUGGAUACAGAAGCAACCUGCAUACAGAGAGCUCCCUUUUGUUAACCAUGAAAAGAACAAUCUGCUAAUGACAGAUGAUAGGUUUUUGUGCCUAGAGACACAGUAAGCAACUGUUAAUUACAGCACAAGCAUCUUUUUCUGAACAGUUCUUCCAUACUACUUUUACAGUGUGAUCGGAAUUGCUAUCAGCCAGAGCAACGCAUCUGUUUUAAGUAGGGCUGAGGCUUAGGGAAGCAAUGUGUACGAGAACAGUUCUCACAAGUAAUCAUGAACAUUGUCAACACUGCGUGUGCUGAAGCCACAGUGCCUACGUCUGUACAAUCAGCAGGAGUGGGAAAUGCGAGCCGAGUAAUUCAGCGCGUUUCCUCCUGUCAUGCAAAGAACUUCUUUAAAUGCACCUACUUUGGAUGUAAAUAUAUCUAAUGAGUUUGUAACAGCUUCAUGUGAAGGCUGUUAAUUCCAGUGACUGGUGAUUUCUACAUUUAAAGAAAGCAACCAAGGAAGAAGUGCUUAAAUGGAAACUGGCCGGAUCUGCUUUCCUACUGUCUGAUUCUGAGCCCCACGCAUUAAAUGGCAGCAGACACCGCAGGACCUCCUCGCUCCCCCUAAGGCUGGGACAAUCCACACCACCAAACGGAACUUCUGCCACUGCUCAGCCAGGGUCAGCUUCCCCCAUACUCUCUUCAUAAAGCAUCUCACACAAGGACUGUUCUUCCUUGAGGCUUUAAGGAAGCAAUUUCAAACCACUGUGCACACACUAAAUGUGGGGGGCUAUUACUUCAGCUAUGAUUUUAUUUUAUUUUUUAAAUAGAUGAGUUACGUACAUGAGCAAAAAAAUACAGGCACCUGAGUAAGUACACUGCAUUCAGAUGGGUAGGCAGAUUGGUUAGAAGAUAUGUAAGCUAUACAUAAUGCUUCCAGACCAAACCAAAGUUUUUGCUCAUCUGCAUAGAACUCAUUUAGAAUGUCAGAUUUUAUUCCCUUUUUGACAUCAAAAAGUUCAGUCCUUCAAUAAAUCUGUUAUUAAAAUUAUUAUUAACACUAAAGAA